AUGGGGCUCGCGCCGCCGGAGCUGGGGCAGUUCGACGGGUGGGAGAGCUCUGGCGAGGAGGAGCGGGAGAGGUGGGGAUGGUGCCGCCGCAGCCGCAGCAGCAGCAGCAGCAGGCGCGGCCGCCGCCUGCCACGGAAGGGCGGCGAGGAGGACGCCGGCGUCGCCACCGGGUGCUGCAUCCGGCUGUGGCCCAUGGGCAACUGCCCGCCGCAGCCGCGCUCCAAGGUCGACACCUCCACCAGCAGCGCCAGCACGCACGGCGCAGAAAAGUCAGCAGAAAAUGGUAGCAGGAACCAACCUGUUGUGUCAGUAGUCUCAGGCUCGACAUCUACUAGUAAUGCUGAGAGCAGUUCAUCAGCAUCUAAAGCUGCAGAGGAAAUAAAGGUUUCCUCUAAGUUACGCAAGUUUGGAUUCAGUGAUCUAAAAUGCGCCACACGGAACUUCAGACCCGAGAGUCUUCUCGGUGAAGGGGGUUUUGGAUGUGUGUUUAAAGGGUGGAUCGAAGAGAAUGGGACUGCGCCUGUGAAACCUGGUACAGGUCUUACAGUUGCUGUCAAGACGCUCAAUCAUGAUGGUCUUCAAGGGCACAAAGAAUGGGUGGCAGAAGUUGACUUCCUUGGUAACCUUCACCAUCCCAAUUUGGUCAAAUUAAUUGGAUAUUGUGUUGAAGAUGACCAAAGAUUGCUGGUAUAUGAAUUUAUGCCGCGUGGAAGUUUGGAUAAUCAUCUGUUCAGAAGGUCUCUUCCUCUCCCAUGGUCCAUCAGAAUGAAAGUUGCUCUUGGGGCAGCACAGGGUCUUUCCUUCCUUCAUGAAGAAGCAGAAAGACCAGUCAUUUAUCGUGAUUUUAAAACAUCUAAUAUACUGCUAGAUUCGGAAUACAAUGCAAAGCUCUCAGAUUUUGGGCUUGCCAAAGAUGGUCCUGUAGGUGACAAAACUCAUGUGUCUACUCGAGUAAUGGGAACCUAUGGUUAUGCAGCUCCAGAGUAUGUCAUGACAGGUCAUUUGACAUCAAAGAGUGACGUCUAUAGCUUCGGUGUCGUGCUGCUUGAGAUGAUGUCAGGACGAAGGUCAAUGGACAAGAACCGCCCAAACGGCGAGCACAACCUUGUGGAGUGGGCGCGCCCCCUCCUAGGAGAGAGACAGCGUUUCUACAAGCUAGUCGACCCUCGGCUGGAGGGCAAUUUCUCGGUCAAAGGUGCCCAGAAGGCAGCACAAUUGGCACGCGCAUGUCUGAGCCGGGACCCCAAAGCCCGGCCGCUGAUGAGCCAAGUGGUUGAAGCUCUCAAGCCACUGCUGAACCUCAAGGACAUGGCCAGCUCCUCCUACUUCUACCAGACGAUGCAAGCGGAGAGGAUGACACAUUCGAGCAGCAUGAACGGCAGGAACAGCCAUAGCCUCAAGGUGCAUGGGUCUUUUGCCCGCGCAAGCGCAAACGGGCACCAGUCGAUGAGGAGCAUGUCUGAUGGCCCCCGCGCGUCCCCGUUUCGCUACUCACCAAAGCCGAACGUGAAAUAA